AUGGUCUCCUCCACAGAGGGGUCCGUCCGUCCGGCAGGGCACGGGAAGAGAGGGGCGAUCUCCAGCCUGGCUCCAUCCACCCAUCUCCUUCACCCCUCUCUCCCUCGCAGGCUCAAGUCCUCUCCGGGAGGCGGAGGGGGAGGCGGCGGCGGCAGCGGCAGCAAGAGCGGGGUCAUCCUGGACAUCUCCUCCUUGACCAUGAACGAGCUGGACACGGAGGUGCUCCCCUUGCCUCCUCGCUACCGGUUCCGGGACUUGCUCUUGGGGGACCAGAGCUUCCAAAACGACGACAGGGUUCAAGUGGAGUUUUACGUGAAUGAAAAUACAUUCAAGGAACGCCUCAAGCUGUUUUUCAUCAAGAACCAAAGAUCAAGUCUGAGGAUACGGCUCUUCAACUUUUCCCUGAAGCUUCUUACCUGUCUUCUUUACAUUGUCCGUGUUCUGCUUGAUGACCCACAGCGGAUAGGAUGCUGGGAAUGUGAAAAGCAUAACUACACAAACUUCAACCAGUCCUCAACAGAAAUCAACUGGGCUCCUAUCUUAUGGGUGGAUCGCAACAAACCACUGUGGGCAAUUCAGGUCAGCGUAGCAAUCAUUAGCUUUCUGGAGACCAUGCUCCUAAUCUAUCUCAGCUAUAAGGGAAACAUUUGGGAGCAGAUCUUUCGGGUUUCCUUUAUCCUUGAAAUGAUCAACACCGUUCCCUUCAUUAUCACUAUAUUUUGGCCUCGUUUGCGGAAUUUAUUCAUUCCUGUUUUCCUGAACUGCUGGCUGGCAAAGUAUGCCUUGGAAAACAUGAUUAACGACCUUCACCGAGCCAUCCAAAGAACACAGUCAGCCAUGUUCAAUCAGGUGCUGAUUUUGAUCUGCACCUUGCUGUGUCUUGUUUUCACUGGGACCUGUGGAAUUCAGCACUUGGAAAGGGCCGGUGAAAAUCUCUCUCUCUUCAAGUCUUUUUAUUUCUGUAUUGUCACCUUCUCCACUGUGGGCUAUGGCGACGUCACCCCCAAGAUCUGGCCCUCUCAGCUGCUAGUCGUGAUCAUGAUUUGUGUGGCCUUGGUUGUGUUACCCCUGCAGUUUGAGGAACUUGUGUACUUGUGGAUGGAACGGCAAAAGUCAGGUGGGAACUACAGCCGCCACCGAGCGCAAACGGAAAAACACGUCGUCCUUUGUGUCAGCUCCUUGAAGAUUGACCUGCUCAUGGAUUUCCUCAAUGAAUUUUACGCUCAUCCAAGAUUGCAGGAUUACUACGUUGUGAUCCUUUGUCCAACAGAGAUGGAUAUCCAGGUACGGCGGGUCCUGCAGAUCCCACUGUGGUCACAGCGGGUGAUCUAUCUCCAAGGAUCUGCACUGAAAGAUCAGGAUCUUAUGAGAGCAAAGAUGGACAAUGGAGAAGCAUGUUUCAUCCUGAGCAGCCGAAACGAAGUGGACCGCACCGCUGCUGAUCAUCAAACCAUCCUAAGGGCGUGGGCGGUGAAAGACUUUGCUCCAAAUUGUCCCCUUUACGUCCAGAUCCUCAAGCCUGAGAAUAAGUUCCAUGUGAAAUUUGCUGAUCAUGUGGUCUGCGAAGAGGAAUGCAAAUACGCCAUGCUGGCUCUGAAUUGUGUCUGCCCGGCGACCUCAACUCUCGUCACGCUCCUAGUUCACACCUCCAGAGGACAAGAGGGGCAAGAAUCUCCAGAGCAGUGGCAAAGAAUGUAUGGGCGUUGCUCGGGCAAUGAGGUAUACCACAUCCGGAUGGGCGACAGCAAGUUUUUCAUGGAGUAUGAUGGGAAAAGCUUCACCUACGCAUCUUUCCACGCACACAAAAAGUACGGCGUCUGCUUGAUAGGUGUGAGAAGAGAGGAUAACAAAAGCAUCCUCCUCAACCCUGGACCGCGGCACAUCAUGUCGGCGUCGGACACUUGCUUCUACAUCAACAUCACAAAGGAGGAGAACUCGGCCUUCAUAUUCAAACAGGAAGAGAAGCAGAAGAAGAAAGGGUUUUCUGGGAGGGGUAUCUAUGACGGACCAUCAAGGUUACCAGUCCACAGCAUCAUUGCCAGCAUGGGCACAGUGGCCAUGGACCUGCAGAACACAGAGUGUCGGCCGGCCAACAACAGCAAGCUCACCUUGCCGGCGGAGAACGGUUCAGGGAAAAGGAGGCCCAGCAUCGCCCCGGUCCUGGAGGUGGCCGACAGUUCUUCCCUCUUACCUUGUGAUAUGCUCAGCGACCAGUCAGAGGAUGAGAUGACUCAGUCAGACGAUGAAGGCCUGACUGUUACCGAGUAUGUGAAAGGGUACCCUCCCAACUCGCCCUACAUCGGAAGUUCUCCCACAUUAUGCCAUCUUUUACCUGUCAAAGCUCCUUUUUGCUGCUUGCGCUUGGAUAAGGGCUGCAAGCACAACAGUUAUGAAGAUGCUAAGGCCUAUGGCUUUAAGAACAAACUGAUAAUUGUUUCUGCCGAGACUGCUGGAAAUGGGCUCUAUAACUUCAUUGUCCCUCUCCGUGCAUAUUAUCGGUCGCGGAAGGAGUUAAACCCCAUCGUCUUGUUGCUGGACAACAAGCCUGAUCAUCAUUUUCUGGAAGCCAUCUGCUGUUUCCCCAUGGUUUACUAUAUGGAAGGCAGUAUUGAUAACCUUGACAGUUUGCUGCAGUGUGGAAUAAUUUAUGCAGACAAUUUGGUGGUGGUUGACAAGGAGAGCACCAUGAGCGCUGAGGAGGAUUACAUGGCCGACGCCAAGACGAUCGUCAAUGUCCAAACCAUGUUCCGGCUUUUCCCAAGUCUGAGCAUCAUUACAGAGCUGACGCAUCCGUCCAACAUGAGGUUCAUGCAGUUUCGAGCAAAGGACAGCUAUUCAUUGGCCCUUUCCAGACUAGAAAAGAGAGAGCGAGAGAAUGGCUCCAACUUGGCCUUUAUGUUCCGGCUCCCGUUUGCUGCUGGGAGAGUUUUCAGCAUCAGCAUGUUGGAUACGCUGCUUUAUCAGUCAUUCGUCAAAGACUACAUGAUCACCAUCACAAGAUUGUUACUGGGCCUUGACACCACCCCAGGUUCCGGCUACCUCUGUGCCAUGAAAAUCACCGAGGACGACCUGUGGAUCCGGUCAUAUGGGCGUCUAUUCCAGAAGCUGUGCUCUUCAAGCGCUGAGAUCCCUAUUGGCAUCUACAGGACUGAGUCUCACAUGUUCUCCACCACUGAUCCUCACGACAUCAGAACACAGUCACAGAUCUCAAUCAACGUGGAAGACUGCGAGGACUCCAAGGAAGUCAAGGACCACUGGAACACCAAGACAAGCCAUCACCGGAACUCUUGCCCGAGCGACCAAACAGAGCACCCCCUGCUGCGGCGGAAGAGCAUGCAGUGGGCUCGCAGGCUGAGCCGGAAAGGGGCCCACAAACAUACAGCCAAAACAGCCGAAUGGAUCAACCAGCAGAGGCUGAGCCUUUACCGGAGAUCAGAGCGGCAGGAGUUGUCCGAGCUGGUGAAAAACCGCAUGAAACAUCUGGGUUUGCCCACGACGGGGUACGAGGAUGUAGCAAAUUUAACAGCCUGUGAUGUGAUGAAUCGGGUAAACCUUGGAUAUUUGCAAGAUGAAAUGAAUGACCAUCAGAACACCUUGUCCUACGUCCUCAUCAACCCACCUCCGGACACACGGCUGGAACUCAAUGACAUAGUGUACUUAAUACGACCUGAUCCCUUAGCUCACGUGGAAAAUGAGACGCACAGUCGAAAGGGCAACAGUAGCAAGCGGGACCCAUAUAACCCCGAAACAAGAGAUGAAACACAACUCUGAGCCUUUCCUUCCUUUUGCACGGAACUCAUCACCUGCCCCUCUUGAUAAUGCAUGGAACUAUAACGGAACUAACUCUAAACUGUGCCAAAGGGGUGGGAUCGUUUUCUGUGGGGAUGUAAGAAGAGCUCUGGGUCAAGAGGUUUACAAAGACAACCACACCGGUUGUGUAACACAUGGUGCACUGAGACAUCACGGAUCCAGCCCGGAUUCAUCACUCUGGAAGGGACUGCCGCUCAGAAUUCAAGGAUACCU